GUUUAUACAUGCCUUUUCGUGAAAUGCACAUCGAGAAAAUUCAUGUUAACCCGAAUGACACAAGAAUCCGGUCCGGCUGCUUGUUCAGUGUGAUGUAGACCCAAAUGCCGAAGGACGCUUUGACGCAUUAUUAGGGAUGUAUUAAGAGGUUCGCAUACACCAAUAUUACACGAAACCAUAAUUUAAAUUAGGAAAAUAGAUGGGUUUGUGAGAGAAAAGCUCUUUUCCCCUCGACUUCUUUUUGUCAUGUCAUGUAAAUGAGGGGAGCCUGUGCAUGCAGGAAGAGCCAAAAGGGGGAUAGCUGAGCUGUGAUGUGCUCAUUUCACCGUUCACUGACGCCGUGACGAGAAACGGCCAGCGCAGCGGACACACGAGGAUGCUCUCGUGCGCACUCGCGCUCUCCCGGUUGUUCAUAGCGAUCAACAUGGAAGUGCUUUAUUAACGCAUAUGCGUCCCUGCUGCCUGUGAGCUCAUGUAUUUUAAUUCGACAAUUGAGACCGGACCUAGACAUUUUUGGUCGCCGAAUCUGUGGACUUUCAUCAUCGCGGUCGAGUGGAUAGAACCGAGACGUCCGCAGGCAAAUAAGUCUUCAGAAAAGAGGCAAAUUAUGCCAGCAGCACCAGAGUUCCUGUCUUUGGUGACGUGCCGGCUGCUCGGUGGUAAGGCCUCUCCGUGCUCCCGUCCCUGCGCCUGCGCUCAGCCACCUUUCCCUGGCACACCCACCUCCAUGCCGCUGGGCACCGCCCACAGGCCUACGCCCGCCCAGCCAUGAGCGACUCUGCUCCUGCCCCAGCCGGUGCGCCAGCCUCAGCCACCGCGGCCGAUACUGCCCCUCCCGCCACACCUGCCCCGCCUGCUGCCGCGCCCCUGGUGCCCGCCGCACCCUCUGCUCCGCCGGCGGCAGCGGUGGGCUCUCUGGCCCAGCGCAAGCGGGCGCAGUAUGCCAAAAGCAAGAAGCAGGGCAGUACGGCCAACACGCGGGCCGCCCGAGCCCUCUUCUGCCUCAAACUCAACAACCCCAUCCGCCGAGCCUGCAUCAGCUUGGUGGAGUGGAAGCCAUUUGAUAUCUUUAUAUUGAUUGCUAUUUUUGCCAACUGUAUGGCCUUAGCUGUGUACAUCCCCUUCCCUGAAGAUGACUCCAACUCAACAAACCAUGACCUGGAAACAGUGGAAUAUGCCUUUCUCAUCGUUUUCACGAUCGAGACCUUCCUCAAGAUCAUAGCGUAUGGCUUAGUGAUGCACCAGAAUGCCUACGUGAGGAACGGCUGGAACAUGUUGGACUUUGUCAUCGUUGUGAUCGGGUUGUUCAGUGUGGUCCUGGAGCUGUUGACCAAAGAAGCUGAGGUGGAGGAGAUCGAAGAGGCCGCUGCGCACGCCCAUGCAGGGAAGUCAGGGGGCUUCGACGUGAAAGCUCUGAGGGCCUUCAGAGUGCUGCGGCCGCUUCGUCUGGUCUCGGGAGUGCCCAGUUUACAGGUCGUGUUGAACUCCAUCAUCAAAGCCAUGGUCCCCCUGCUGCACAUCGCCCUGCUGGUCCUGUUUGUCAUCAUCAUUUACGCCAUCAUCGGCCUGGAGCUAUUCAUCGGAAAAAUGCACGCUACCUGCUUCAUGCCCGGCUCAGAAAUGUUAGCGGAGGAUGAGCCUGCUCCAUGUGCGGUCUCUGGGCAUGGGCGCCAGUGCCCCAUAAAUGGCACCGAGUGCAGGGAGGGCUGGCACGGGCCCAAUGGGGGCAUCACCAACUUUGACAACUUCAUGUUUGCCAUGCUCACCGUCUUUCAGUGCAUCACCAUGGAGGGCUGGACGGAUGUGCUGUACUGGAUGAAUGAUGCUAUGGGCUUUGAACUGCCGUGGGUUUACUUUGUAAGCCUGGUCAUCUUCGGCUCCUUUUUCGUGCUGAACCUGGUUCUGGGUGUGUUGAGCGGAGAGUUCUCUAAGGAGCGAGAGAAGGCCAAGGCGCGCGGAGACUUCCAGAAGCUGCGGGAGAAGCAGCAGCUGGAGGAGGACCUGAAGGGCUACCUGGACUGGAUCACCCAGGCCGAGGACAUCGACCCCGACAACGAGGACGAGGAGGACGGCAAGCGCAACCGGGUCACACUGGCUGACCUGACGGAGAAGAGGAAGGGAAGGUUUGGGUGGUUCAGCCAGUCCUCUGACACUCAUGCGAGUAUACCGGCCAGCGAGACGGAGUCCGUGAACACAGAGACCGAGAAGGAAGAGGAAGUCAAGACGCCAUGCUGCGGGCCAUUUUGUCAAAAAAUUUCAAAGUCAAAGUGCAGUCGGCGCUGGCGUCGCUGGAACCGGUGCUGCCGUAGGAAUUGCCGCCUGGCGGUGAAAUCGGUGCCUUUCUAUUGGCUGGUGAUCAUCCUGGUGUUUCUGAACACUCUCACCAUCUCUUCCGAACAUUACAACCAGCCAUUCUGGCUCACGCAAGUGCAGGAUACGGCCAAUAAGGUGCUCCUGGCCUGUUUCACGUGUGAGAUGCUGACGAAGAUGUACAGCCUGGGCCUGCAGGCCUACUUCGUGUCGCUCUUCAACCGCUUCGACUGCUUCGUGGUGUGCGGCGGCAUCACCGAGACCAUCCUGGUGGAGCUGGAGAUCAUGUCCCCCCUCGGCAUCUCCGUCUUCCGCUGUGUGCGUCUGCUCAGGAUCUUCAAAGUCACCCGGCACUGGCAGUCCCUCAGUAACCUGGUGGCGUCUCUGCUGAACUCCAUGAAGUCCAUCGCCUCGCUGCUGCUGCUGCUCUUCCUCUUCAUCAUCAUCUUCUCCCUGCUAGGCAUGCAGGUGUUCGGAGGCAAGUUCAACUUCGACGAGACGCAGACCAAGAGGAGCACCUUCGACAACUUCCCUCAGGCACUGCUCACUGUGUUUCAGAUCCUGACGGGCGAGGACUGGAACGCAGUGAUGUAUGAUGGGAUCAUGGCCUACGGCGGGCCUUCCUCCUCCGGCAUGAUCGUCUGCAUCUACUUCAUCAUUCUCUUCAUCUGCGGAAACUACAUCCUCCUGAAUGUCUUCUUGGCUAUCGCUGUGGAUAACCUGGCUGAUGUUGACUCCCUCACCACCGACAAGAACACUGCUAUCAUCAAGCACCCUGUGCGAUCUCCAGUAGUUCUCCCUCCAGUAGAUCUCCAGGUGUCAGAACUAAGUCUCAUUUCUCACUUUCUACUCCAACAAAGGGAGGACGACAAGGAUGAUGACAAAGAAGAAAUAAAGGUCCCAGUGGAAGAUGAAGAGAAAGAUGGUUGCGGAGAGGAGGAGGAGGAUGAACCUGAAGUUCCAUCAGGUCCACGCCCCGCCAUCUCAGAACUCGUUAAAAAGGAGAAGAUUACUCCUAUCCCAGAAGGCAGUGCAUUCUUCAUCUUCAGCACUACCAACCCAAUUCGUGUGGCCUGCCACAAGCUGAUUAACCACCACAUCUUCACCAACCUCAUCCUCGUCUUCAUCAUGCUUAGUUCUGCCUCGUUGGCCGCCGAGGACCCUAUCAGAAACUUCUCUGCGCGGAACAUCAUACUUGGUUACUUUGACUAUGCGUUCACGGCUAUCUUUACAGUUGAGAUCGUGCUGAAGGUAAAUAGCAUGUUCCGUGUCUGUGUGUCUUGUGCCAUGACAGUCAGUAACACUGUACACCAUGUGGUUGCUUUCCAGGUCCUAGGCUAUGCUGAUUAUGUCUUCACUAGUAUGUUUACAUUUGAGAUCGUGUUGAAGAUGACCACAUACGGAGCAUUCCUCCACAAGGGGGCUUUUUGCCGCAACUACUUCAACCUGCUGGACCUGCUGGUAGUGGGGGUCUCCUUGGUGUCCUUUGGCAUCCAGUCAUCAGCCAUCUCCGUGGUGAAGAUCCUGCGUGUGCUGCGAGUGCUGCGUCCCCUCAGGGCCAUCAACAGAGCCAAGGGUCUGAAGCACGUGGUGCAGUGUGUGUUUGUGGCCAUCAGGACCAUCGGCAACAUCAUGAUUGUCACCACGCUGCUGCAGUUCAUGUUCGCCUGCAUAGGGGUGCAGCUCUUCAAGGGGAAGUUUUAUCGAUGCACAGAUGAGGCCAAGUCCAGCCCUGAGGAGUGCAAGGGAACCUAUAUAUUGUACAAGGAUGGGAACGUCAACCUGCCCAGCAUUGAGAGGAGACAUUGGCACAACAGUGACUUCAACUUCGACAAUGUGCUCAUGGCCAUGAUGGCUCUGUUCACGGUCUCCACCUUCGAGGGCUGGCCAUCGCUGCUGUAUAAAGCCAUUGACUCUAACAGGGAGAACCUUGGACCCAUCUACAACUACCGUGUGGAAAUCUCCAUCUUCUUCAUCAUCUACAUCAUCAUCAUCGCCUUCUUCAUGAUGAACAUCUUUGUGGGUUUCGUCAUCGUCACCUUUCAGGAGCAGGGAGAAAAGGAGUAUAAGAACUGUGAACUGGACAAGAACCAGCGUCAGUGUGUGGAGUACGCCCUGAAGGCGAGGCCUCUCCGGAGGUACAUCCCCAAGAACCCGUACCAGUAUAAGUUCUGGUACGUGGUGAACUCCACCGGCUUUGAGUACAUCAUGUUUGUGCUCAUCAUGCUCAACACGCUGUGUCUGGCAGUGCAGCACUACGGCCAGUCUCCGCUCUUCAACUAUGUGAUGGACAUCCUCAACAUGGUCUUCACGGCUGUGUUCACGGUGGAGAUGGUUCUCAAACUGAUUGCCUUCAAACCCAGGCACUAUUUCACUGAUGCGUGGAACACGUUUGAUGCCUUAAUUGUAGUGGGUAGCGUCGUUGAUAUUGCUAUCACUGAAGUCAAUCCCACGGAGGCACCCGUGGUGGAUGAGUCUGGGAACACGGAGGACAGCGCGCGCAUCUCCAUCACCUUCUUCCGCCUGUUCCGUGUGAUGCGGCUGGUCAAGCUGCUGGCCAGAGGAGAGGGCAUCCGCACCUUGCUCUGGACCUUCAUCAAGUCCUUCCAGGCUCUCCCAUGGGUUGCGAUGCUGAUUGCCAUGCUCUUCUUCAUCUAUGCUGUCAUCGGGAUGCAGGUGUUUGGAAAGGUAGCCAUGCAGGAUGGAACGCACAUCAACAGGAACAACAACUUUCAAACUUUUUUUCAGGCAGUACUCCUGCUCUUCAGAUGUGCCACUGGUGAGUCCUGGCAGGAGAUCAUGUUGGCGUGUAACUCAGGGAAGCUGUGUGACCCCGAGUCCGAUUACAACCCCGGAGAGGAGUUCACCUGUGGAAGCGGCUUCGCCAUCAUAUACUUCAUCAGCUUCUACAUGCUCUGCGCCUUCCUGAUCAUUAACCUGUUUGUGGCUGUCAUCAUGGACAACUUUGACUACCUUACCCGUGAUUGGUCUAUACUUGGUCCACAUCAUCUGGAUGAGUUUAAGAGGAUUUGGUCAGAAUAUGAUCCAGCGGCUAAGGGCAGAAUUAAGCAUCUGGAUGUUGUGACUCUGCUGCGACGCAUCCAGCCUCCUCUGGGCUUUGGCAAGCUGUGUCCUCACAGAGUGGCAUGCAAGAGACUGGUAGCCAUGAAUAUGCCACUGAACAGCGACGGAACUGUCAUGUUUAAUGCCACUCUCUUUGCUCUGGUGAGGACCGCUCUGAAAAUUAAGACAGAUGGCAAUCUGGAGCAGGCCAAUGAGGAGCUGCGUGCUGUCAUAAAGAAGAUCUGGAAGAGGACGAGCAUGAAGCUGCUGGACCAAGUGGUGCCCCCUGCUGGCGAUGAUGAGGUAACCGUGGGGAAGUUCUAUGCCACCUUCCUGAUACAGGACUACUUUAGGAAAUUCAAGAAACGCAAAGAGGAAGGCCUGGUGGGGGUCCACCCUUCACAGAACAACAACACGGCAAUGGCCCUGCAGGCCGGCCUCCGUACGCUACAUGAUAUUGGGCCAGAAAUCCGCCGAGCGAUAUCAUGUGACCUGCAGGACGAGGAGCUAGUAGACUUUAUUCCUGACGAGGACGAGGAGAUUUAUAGGCGCAACGGCGGCCUCUUCGGCAACCAUGUCAACCACGUGGGCCACCACGGUGGCCGAUCUUCGGGCCACCAGACCAAUGCCACCCAGCGGCCCCUGCAGGUGCAGCCGCCGCCCCACUACGCCCACAUGGAUCAGCCGGUGGGCCGCCUGGGCCGCGCCAGUGCCAUGGCCCAGCACCACAACAGCCACGGGCCGCCCCACCCACACCACCACCACCACCACCACCACCAUCACCACCACAGCAGCAACCACCACCACCACAGCAACUCCUACGGGAAGUCGCCCAAGUCCACCAACAUCAACCUCAACAACGCCAACGUGUCCAGCCUGCCCAACGGCGGCCACCACCGCUACUACGAGCACCUGCCACCCAACGGCUACGUGGGCGGCUCCUAUUACGACUAUGACAAGCCCAGGACGCCCCGUGGACAAAGAAGGCGCUACUAUGAGACCUAUAUUAGGUCACAAACGGGCGACAGGCGCCGUCCAACCAUCCGCAGGGAGGAAGAGUUCGAUGAGGAUGGCUUCUCCGCCGAGUACUUCAGUGGGGAAGAGUUCUACGAGGAGGACAGCAUGCUCUCCGGAGACAGGUAUCCAAACAGCGACCAGGAGUAUGAGACACCCCGAGGUUACCAUCAUCCCGACAGUAACUAUGACGAUGAUGAGCAGCCCCUGUACCACGACUCCCGGAGAUCUCCGAAGAGACGGCUGCUUCCUCCCACGCCUCAAGCUCACAGGAGGCCGUCCUUCAACUUUGAGUGUCUGCGCAGACAGGGUAGCCAGGACGACCUGCCUCACCAGCGCACUGCUCUACCUCUGCACCUUAUGCAGCAUCAGGUGAUGGCCGUCGCAGGGCUGGACUCCAGCCGCGCGCACCGCCUCUCCCCCACCCACUCCACCCGCUCAUGGGCCACACCGCCCGCCACGCCGGCCAGCAAGGACCGCUCGCCGUACUACACCCCCCUCAUCCGGGUGGACCGGCCCCUGCGGGACAGCGCCUGCAGCAGCCGCGCCUCGGUGCGCAAGAGCUCCUGGUACACGGACGAGCACGAGUUCCAGCAGCGCACCUACUCCCCCGCCCACCUGCAGGUGCCGCCCGAGUUCCGAAACCAGUACCACCAGAAGAGGGGCAGCGCCACCAGCCUGGUGGAGGCGGUGUUGAUAUCAGAGGGUCUGGGGAGGUACGCCAAGGACCCCAAGUUUGUGGCGGCGACCAAGCACGAGAUCGCGGACGCCUGCGAGAUGACCAUCGACGAGAUGGAGAGCGCCGCCAGCCACCUGCUGAACGGGGGCAUCCCCCCCCCAGUGGUCAACGGGGUCAACAUGUUCCCCAUCCUCAGCCCGCAGGACUAUGACCUCCAGGACGUGUCGGCCAGCUACAGCGACGAGGAGCUGGAACCGCGGCCGCUCUACGAGGAGGACCUGGCCGACGAGAUGAUCUGCAUCACCACGUUAUAGCGGCACGCCGGGACCACAGACACUGGGGUCACAGUGAGCAGUCUUCCCUGGGGGGCGCCCAUCCCGAAAAACAUGAAGUCUAAGCAACUAUAAUGAAACAGACUGCAACGCAUCUACUUGCUCACGACCAAAAGAAGUGCCUUUUUAGAUUUAAAUGGAAAGGCACCCAGAUGACAGACUGUAUGGUCCCCCCCACCCCACCCCACCCCAGCCCCACUAUGCCUGCCUGGCACCGCCCGGACCCCCUCCAGUUCCUCCAGCUCCUCCACCCUGCUUGCCAAGGGGAUGCCACACCCAAUGUCCUGUUGCCUGGGACCACGGCUUCCUCCCUUCUGGACUAAUGAUGAUGAUGCUAAUCCUUUUUGGGAGGGAGCGGGCCUGGCGAUGAGCAGUCUGAGGAUGAAGCACUGUUGGCCAGCUUGUGCUGUCACCUUGAGAAUAAGGGGGAAUGGACCAAUAGCUGGGAUGCAAGAUACAAGGGGGUUGGGCUUUCUAUAUAUACAGUAUAUAUUAUUAUUAUUAUUACUAUUAUUAUUAUUAUUAUUAUUACUUUUGGGUGAUGACAAUCAGAUUUAAGAUGUCAUUACCUCAGUCACUUUAUUAAGAGUUUGCAUAUCAAGCACGUUUUCAAUGCAAGCAAAGACAGGCAUAUCUCCCCCAUGCCCACCCACUCCCCUGAGUAUGUUUUCUAAAGCUUCACUUGACCCCUUCAAAUAUUUUUUAAAAUGUUAAUUACAGAAAUUAUAAAAUAGCGAAGAACAAUAAGAGUUUAAAAACUGUUACCCGUUUACAGUAAAAAAAAAAAAGAUAUAUCAUACCUACCUAUUGAGUUAUCAAACUGGAUAUACUUUUGAAGAGAUUUCAGCAUUUGUGUUGAAUGCACUAGCCUACAGGUUAUUUUUCAAUUUUACAAUAGUCUGUUUAAUAUUUCAUAAUAAAGUUACUGUACAUUACUUGUAAUGUAUAUAAAAUUGAAAGAACAAUUUGUAUAGAGACAUUAUAUAUUUUGAAAUUAUGUACGGUAUGGAAAAAAACAGCAAUAUUGACUCUUGUUCGUGUUCUCAUCCUCUGACAGAGAGAGACUGCUUUUCUUUUACAAGGUACUGUACUCCACGAUUGAUUUGCCUUUCUGUCUCCUCACAUAUGCAUUCUCACUUUUAGACGAUGGCCGUUUGGAAAGUUUCAUUUAAAACACCUGCGUGGGAUUAUGAAGAUAGUAUUCUUUUCCAUAUGUUCCCACUUGCAAAAAAAAAAAAGAAAGAACAACAGCGCAGAGUAUCACUCCCCUGAAACAGCCAGCGUGUAUUUUCUAAACCGAGAGCUCUUCCGUAGCCAGGCGUCUGUGGGGCUUAGAUUCCAAUCUCCUAACUGGGUCUUUGCUCUAGAACCGGAGCGUGGCAAACAGUCUGUUUCUGCAGGGGGCGGUUCAGAUUGGUUUUGUCUCUGUCCUUUUGGCUUGCAUCUUUUGUUUGCAGGGAAAUUAGCAGAAGGGGUUCCAUGUCCAAAUGCAUUUGUGCAUUGCCAAUGCUGCUCAAUUAGUCUCUGAUUUAUCCAUAUACAGAUACAGAUUAUAUGAACCUUCACCACGUUUCAGCUGUCAGUCUGAGAUGCCUUCUCCAUUGACUUCUCCUCAGGAUGCACAAAGUGGGAGAGACAGUCCUAAACCAUGGGAACAAGGAGCACACAUUUUUACCUGCAUUCCGUCCCCUGAUUGGUUAGGCUUUACCACUUCCCCCAGCAUCCUUUGGAAGUGACAGAGAGGAUUGGGCCCUCUUUGUGCUCUUUAAAGCUGGAUUGUGGGUAUAUGGACGGGUGGCAUGCUGGACGUAGUCAGAUGGAGAUGAAGAAUGCUAAGCAAUAUUAAAACCCCUCUCUGUUUCAUUAUCUCUCUCUCUUUCUCUCUCUCUCUCUCUCUCUCUUUCUCUCACUCUCUCUCUCUUUCUCUCACUCUCUCUUUCUCUCUUUCUCUCUCUCUCUCUCUCUCUCUCUCGGUGUGUGUCAGGCUUCUGCAAAUACCUCCUUAAGUGCAGGGGAAACAUAUCAGUGUUUGAUCCUUGUCCUGCUGUACCUUCACAGGUAUCCGAAAUGCUAAGGCUUUCACCACAUAGAGAGACACCUUAAAGCUGCUGUAAGCGAUGUUAGCUAACAUCUGCCAGACUUAGCCGUCUACUGCCUCGCAUCAAUGUGCUGUGCACAUGGAAAAUAUUAGGUAGGCAGGGUGCUCAUCUCUUGCCAGGUUCCCUGAUUGAUUAAUGCAAUCACACUGAGCUUAAGUUGCUGAGCUGCUGAAGUUCCUUAGUUGCUGAUUACAGGCGAGCCCCAAAUACACAAAAGCUUCUCAUCCCCUAGAGCAUCUAUUUCAUCAGGGUGUAGAGCAGUUUUGCUUCAGAAUUCCCCCCAAAUACGCUUACAGCAGCUUUAAAACCUAUUCUGCCACACAUAGCUGUCAGAGAGGGAGCCACGACUUCGGGAAAACAAAUUUAGUGUGACAUUAAGGCGCUGCUUUGAAAAGUAUAAUUUUAUUUCAGCACAGGUUGCUGUAUGUAUGUAUGGCAACAGGAGCCUAUGGGAUUUGUAGUUCAUGAUGAGUGUGAUUGAUUUGUCCUUUGAGGGUGAGUACUGUGCUUGUCAGUCAGCCGAAUACUGUCAUGAACCUGUGGGGUCUCCACUGUGUGUGCACACUGAAAGGGCUCUUUGAAUUGUUUGUGAGAAAAAUCAAAUAUUUGUGGUCUUUAUGUCGACGUUGUUAAAGGACCAAUGCGCAUUCCAGGCACAUUGUACUAUUCGUAGCAAAUACUGGUUAAAAAAAAAAUGAAAAUAUGCAUUAUUUUUAAACACUUUUCAAGAAAAAUGUGUUAUACUAAAGAUUAGAAGAUCUCACUUUUACCUCAUGUCAGGGACUCCUGAGAAAAAAAAGAAAAAAGAUUUGGUUCAUUCUAUACCAAUGGGAUUUAAAUAUUAGCACAUUGCUGUUCGUCUUUGCACAAAUAACUGUAUAGUGCUUUUUGUUUUUCUUUUUUUUCUAUUGAAAUCUUUUGUGUAUUAAGGUGAGAGAAUUUUGUACUUUUUCCUGUGACUGUACGGUUUAGUGGAAUCUGUCUUUGUCAUUUGCCCACCCUACAAUGCUGGGACAGUGAGAAAAGGAGAAAUUAUAAAAAAAAUAAAGGUGCAUUCAUCCUCAAUAACACAAACAGGUUUGCAGGUUAAUGAAAAAAAAUGACUGGCAACACUCACGUUUACAGAUAAACACCUGCUAAUUUCAACAUUUUAAUGUUUUCAUUGCAUAAUUACUCUACUCCUACUAUUACUAUUGUUAGUAUGAUUAUUAUAAUGAAUAUUAUUAUUAUUAUUAUUAUUAAAGCUGUAAUGAAAAAAGAAUCUGUAUCAUAUGUACAAUAAUGACGGACAGAUCAGUGGUAAUGUUCUCUACUUGAAGGUCAUGAUAUUUGCUCUGUAAUGUUUUUAUUCAGUAAAAAUAAUUUCCCCUAGUAGCAGAUCAUUUAUGAAUUUCCCUCUAGGUUUUGUAUCAAUACAUUUUUUGUAUUUUUCCAAUUUAUUUUGGCCUGGAAUUGAUCUGAAUCAAUGCUGAAAUUUUAUUUUCUAAUGAUUAUUACUGAAUAAACUUGCACUCGAA